UGUCUUAGCUCUCAACGCACAACUUGAACAGCUGAUUGCGUGUAAAUAUAAACAAAACUCAGCUGUUAUUCAAUACAAAACCGGUGCUAAAACAUUGUUUCCCCGAACAUGAUGAGCUUCUUCAAAUCAGCCACCCGGAGUUACUGCCAAUCAAAUGUGAACCUGCUGUUGUCGCCGACAUUACUCACAAGUAAAUCCGACCAACAACGGUUAAUCGAAAACCUGCGAGCGCUUCCGAAAAUACGGAUGAACUCGAAGCCACCCGAUAAGCAAGCGGCCGUAUUGAUACCGCUGUGCCUGGUGGACGGUCAGAUCAAUCUGUUGUACACCCUGCGGUCGACUAAGCUGAACCAACAUCGCGGUCAGGUGUCCUUUCCGGGCGGCAUCAAAGAGCCAGCGGACGCCAACUUCGAAGCAUGCGCUGUCCGCGAAACCGAGGAAGAAAUAGGCAUCCCACGGAGCACCAUCCAAGUGUGGGGUUGCGGCAACGUGCUGGUUCCGAACUUCGGACCGACUAUCACUCCGGUCGUAGGUGUAAUCAGCGCCUACAACCCCAGCAUCGUUCGGCCCAAUCCAGACGAAGUGCAUAAAGUUUUCACCGUACCGAUCGAGGUGUUCCUGCAUCCGGACAACCGGAGGCAUACACAGUUCCGCGCCGGCUAUACGAUACCACUUUUCCUUGGCGGUGAAGAAGCCGUCUGGGGAAUGACGGCAGUGUUGACGCAUCUCUUUCUAUCCGCUCUACUACCGAAGGAAGUCUACCCCAGAAAAGUUCCCUUCCUAAGGCAGUACAGUAGCUGAUGGGUACGGAAUUUUUAGGUUUAGUUUGUUAGGCUAGAUAAACCGAUGUUUCAGCGACACAUUUCAUGUCGAAAAAAAAACAUUUAUUUUUAUUACUGUUUUCCAAUUACAACAGCAUGUAUAAAACAAGUUGUAGUAA